GCCGUAUCAAAAGGAGACAGAAGGAGAUAAACAAAGAACAAAAAAAUAUAGUGGAGAGCGACGAGCUCAUACCGCUAUCUUCUACUUCAUCGCCAAUCUUUAUCACCUUUAGCAUCCAACGCCGACAAAACCCAAACUCUAUGGACUCGUCCCAAGCAAACGCAUAGAUUCCAUUCGCAAUGCCGCUUGCCAAUCUUCGGGACAGGGGCAAUCGGCUUAAAGCCUUUGCGGAGAAUAAGAAGCCGCUUGGCCCGAUUCGAAUGCAAGAAGAUGUCCAAGAAUCUGAUUAUGACGGCAUUGGAAGCACAUCAACGACACCAACGAAGCGGAACAUGGCAGAUGCUGCGAAGUUGCCCGUACCUCAGCCAGCGCGACGACCGGUAGACCCCAUAUUCGAUGAUAACGAUACUAUGCGGGUGAAUUUCGAUGACACCGGCCGUAGCAUGCAACCGCCGCCGCCAGCCAUGUUCAGCAAAUCGUUGCCUGUGGAUCGCCUAGAGCAACUGCUGUCUGGCUCGGAGCUUGGUGACAGCUUCAUGCAUUCGGGCAUCUCAACACCGCUUAAUGAACCGGAAGAUGGCUACGAACAGCCCCAAUACGAGGAACGCAGCAAAACACCACGGGGACACCAAACACGGGCAAGACAGUAUCCUGAGAAACUGGCGAGAAGCGUCGGCCCAUCGUUCCAGCUUGGGGAAGAUUUGUUCAUGUCAGUGGUUACCCAACCAACACAGCGAUAUCCCCACGAUAUGAAGGAUGGAUUUUCUGGAUCCGCAGUUAAGAACCGCGGAUUAGAAUCACCACAACGUCACCAUCGUCACCAUAAGCAAGCAUCUCUGCAACAGUCUUUGCCAAUGAGAGAGGUUAAGGUCCACAAACAGUAUAGGCAGGAGAGCGAGGAUCGAGAUGUCCGACAGAGGCGAUUCUCCAGCUGGGAACCUCAGAGAGCAGUGAAACCUAUUGAGGUUGAGGCAACGGUCGAGGUGGAAUCGGUCGUUUCUAGCAACUACGAUGAGGAAGAUUUGCAAGCUACACCACGAGGUCGAACCACACGAAGCCCGAAGCGCCAACCACAGCACCCCAUAUCCGCAUCUCCCGUUAGACGUGUACCCCCAGCACCAUUGGAACGAAAACGCCGACGACCAAGCACCGAUUACGACGAUAGAAUCUUGAGCAGCAUGAGUUUUGGCGAACUCCAGAACGAGCCUUUUGAUUUCGAUCCCAGCGUAGCAAACGCGCAGACACUCUCUGGGACGUCUGGUGGCAACAUUGAAAGCCGGCUCGCCCAGCUGGAGCAUCACGGACAUUCAGAGCAGCGAACGUUUUUCGGAAAUAUGACCUUGGACGAAUGGGAAUGUGCGGGUGAUUGGUUCGCUGAUCGCUUUGCUGAUAUUAUGAAGAAGAUGCGUCAAGCUAGACGAAACAAACGCCAGAUGAUCCAAGAGUUUGAAAAUGAAGCGGCACAGCGCGAAGCUGCAGUUCGAAUUCGAAGCGAUAAGAUCGACCGAAAGUUACAGACAAUGAAGGAGAAUGGCCGUCGGGUUGUUGGAGAGCGAGCACUUCGCUAG